CGCACGCGGGACUCGUGGAGCCGCAGCUGGAGGAGCGCCCUGCCGGGAAGGAGCCAUGGAGCGGGCGGGGGGGAGCCGCCGGCUGUCCAUUCCCAGUACCCAAGUGCUGGAGGAGCAAGCCCAGGAAAGCGAUGACCUGACAGACAGCGAAGAGAGCGUCUACUCUGGGCUGGAGGAUUCUGGAAGUGACAGCAGCACGGAGGAGGAGGCAGAGGACCAGGACAGCGGUGAUGAGGGGACGCUGAAAGGCAGUUUGCUCUCAAAGAAGGCACAAGCCAGGAUGGCUUCCCAGAAGAAGGAACAAGUGCAGUGCCGGAGUUUGGAGACCGAGUCAAUGCCCAGCGCCCAGCAGGGAUUGCCGCUGAGGGGUGAAUAUGAGGACGACAGCUCAGACGAGGAGUUUGCCGUCCCCCAGAGACGGCUUACGGGCGAGGAGACGGUGCCGUGCUGCUGA